GAGAAAAGGGGCAAAAAGAGCGAGGUGUUGAUCCAUUCCCCCAAUCCCGCACGCCACUCCAUCGAUUCAGCCACGACAAACCCUCGCAAAGACCCAAGAAGAUCCAUUUCUAGCCUUCCUGUGCUUCUGAUUAGUCCCAUUCACCGCAACUCUCCGGAGAUUUCGCUGUUUUUGGUGCCCGUUUCAAAGUUCCCGGCCGAUCUAGGGUUUCUACUCUGUUUUUCUUGGUUUAUUUUGGAAAUUUUUGAAGUGUUUUGCUCGGAAACGUUUGUGAUCUUUGGUGGUUGAUGAAUCUCUCUGCGUGUUUUUAAUUCAAGGUUCGUGUUGAAAUCGCUUAGCUGUGAUACUAGGGUUUUGAGGAAGCGGGAAUUUUUUGGUCGGGGAGAGGUAUCUGUGAGUUUUAAUUCUGUGAGUUUUGAUAGAAAGGUAGGGUUUUGAUGUGGGAUUUGUGGGUUUGAGGAGAGAAUUGGGGGCUUUUGAUUGGAUUGGUGGUUUGGCACGGAAUGUGAAGUAAUGGCACUGAGGGCAUCACCUCUGAAAGCAGCUCAGAUUGCUAUUGAUUCCAUUGGGUUGGGGUACGACAUCAGCGCUGAUCUGAGGCUCAAGUACUGCAAGAAAGAGUGUGCAGAUCCAUGUCUGAUAGAGCUUGAUCACGAUCAGGUCCAGGAUCUGGUUCUUCCCGGUGGCAUAUCGGUUGCAAAUGUUCCCAAGUCCAUCAAAUGUGACAAGGGAGAGAGGAUGCGAUUUAGGUCUGAUGUUCUCUCUUUUCAGCAGAUGUCAGAGCAAUUCAACCAGGAGUUAUCAUUGUCAGGCAAAAUUCCGUCAGGCUUGUUCAAUCAUAUGUUUGAAUUUUCUGGAAGUUGGCAAAAAGAUGCAGCAAACACCAAAUCUCUAGCAUUUGAUGGGUGGUUCAUUACUUUGUAUACCAUAGCUCUAGCAAAGUCCCAGAUUGUGCUUCGUGGUCAUGUCAAGCAAGCUGUUCCAUCAGCGUGGGAUCCAGCAGCUCUGGCCAGAUUUAUUGAAAGAUUUGGCACCCAUGUUAUUGUUGGUAUAAAGAUGGGAGGGAAAGAUGUGAUUUAUAUUAGACAGCAACAUUCAUCGAAUCUCCAACCUGUUGAAGUUCAGAAAAGGUUAAAGGAGAUGGCUGAUAGGAGGUUUCUCGAUGCAAGUGGCCAAUAUGGUGUGAAUUCCGAAGAAGCUCAUGGGAAUGACAAGUUUGAUGCGAGAGAGCAACGCCUAAGAUUCGUUGAAUCCAGUCCAGCAAGCUCCUGCACUACAAAGGAGGAUAUCAGGAGAAUUUUCAAGAGAAGAGGUGGAAAUGAUAACAAGGACUUGUUACAUCAUGAGUGGCUAAACACAGUUCAGUUGGAGCCAGAUGUUAUAUCCAUGUCAUUUGUGCCAAUCACUUCUCUCUUGAAUGGAGUACCAGGCAGUGGCUUCUUAAGUCAUGCCAUCAAUUUAUAUCUCCGCUAUAAACCACCGAUUGAAGAACUCCAUUUAUUUUUGGAAUUCCAAUUACCAAGGCAGUGGGCUCCAGUUUUUAGUGAUCUACCCCUCGGCCCCCAACGAAAGCAACAUAGCAGUGCAUCUCUACAAUUCUCACCCAUGGGCCCCAAGCUUUUUGUCAAUACUGCUGUGGUUGAUGUAGGCAAGAGGCCAGUCACUGGUCUUCGACUGUACCUGGAAGGGAGGAAAAGCAACAAACUGGCAAUCCACCUCCAACAUCUUUCAACCCUUCCUCGAGUCUUCCAGCUCUGUGACGACCCCAGCAGCAGUUAUUCUCGUGAAUCUUAUGAUCGCAAGUAUUAUGAGCCCAUUCAGUGGAGGCAUUUCUCCCACAUUUGCACUGCUCCUGUGGAGUCCGACGAAGACCUUUCCAUUGUCACUGGGGCUCAAUUACAUGUCAGCCACCAUGGCCUCAAGAAAAUCCUCUUCCUUCGCCUCCAUUUCUCCAGUGUCUCCAAUGCUGCAUUGGUUAAGAAUCCAGAGUGGGAUGGAUCUCCAGGCUUGGCUCGCAAAUCAGGCCUCAUCUCAACCCUGAUAAGUACUCAUUUCACUGCCGCCAUUCAAAAACCACCCCCUCGACCUGCAGAUGUCAACAUAAACUCUGCAGUUUACCCCGGCGGUCCUCCUGUUCCAGUGCAAGCGCCAAAACUGCUAAAAUUCAUUGAUACUACCGAGAUGGUAAGAGGCCCGCAGGAUUUGCCCGGUUACUGGGUGGUCUCCGGCGCAAAGCUACAUUUAGAUCGAGGCAAGAUCUCACUUCGCGUUAAGUAUUCAUUGUUGACAGUGUUAUUACCUGAUGAUGAGUUAUAAUAGAGACUCGGAUCAAGGAUUCCGAACCUUCGAGUCAAAAGGCUCUGUUAAGGAUGCAUGAAUUUUCGAAGGUGAAAAGAAAGAACAAAAGACACAGAAUGGUCCACAAUUGGAUUGGCUUUUUAGGAUAGAAUUGGCUUUUUUUGUUUUCAGAUUGUAAGUUGUAUGACCUUAUUUAGAUUUAGAUGACUUGUAUUUCUCACUCUAUUCAGUGUAUCAAUGCAAAGGUUCUGCUGCUGCUGCUGCUGCUUGUGAAGCAACAAAAGUUAGGGUUUUGAGAGAACAGAUAUGAUCCGUUGCUGAGCAAGACCUUCUGGCAAGCUGGAGCUCACUCUUCCCUUUUUUGUCCUUGGUUCAUAUAAAUUUUAUAAAUUUGAACCUUCACUGUACACUUAAAAACUUUUGUUAUAUAUAAAUUUAUGCAGUGUUUUCUUGUCCAAAAA